CUCAACAUGGCAGACGUGGAGAUGAAGGAAGCCGCUACUGGCUCGUCCAAGGGCAAGGCCGUUGCCAAGGGCUCCGAUAAUGCCGACAAGAAGAAGUUCGAGGUCAAGAAGUGGAAUGCUGUUGCCCUGUGGGCUUGGGAUAUCGUCGUCGACAACUGUGCCAUUUGCCGAAACCACAUUAUGGACUUGUGCAUCGAAUGCCAGGCCAACCAAGGAUCAUCAACAACGGAAGAGUGCACCGUUGCCUGGGGUAUCUGCAAUCAUGCAUUCCACUUCCACUGCAUAUCGAGAUGGCUGAAGACCCGUCAAGUCUGCCCGCUAGAUAACCGAGACUGGGAGUUCCAGAAGUACGGCCGGUAAAGAUGGGG